AUGGUGUCCAUUCAACAGAUUCAAACCUUACCAUAUGCGAACGCGCUUGCACGGAAGAUUGCAAUAUGGUGCGGUGAUAUCACUAAACUGGAAGUGGAUGCGAUCGUCAAUGCUGCGAAUCCCACACUCCUGGGCGGCGGCGGCGUCGAUGGCGCAAUUCAUCGUGCAGCAGAUCACCCAAAUUUCUUAGCAGAGUGCAGACGCCUUAAUGGUUGCAACACAGGCGAAGCCAAAACGACAAAUGCUUAUCGGCUUCCUUGCAAAGCUGUGAUUCAUACAGUCGGUCCGAUCUAUUCUCAUCAUCCACCUAACGUUGCACGCACUUUGCUUCAAUCAGCGUACCGCGAAAGUCUGCAAGAGGCCGUAAAGAACCGACUUCGUUCGGUAGCCUUUCCAUCAAUUUCAACAGGUGUGUAUGGUUAUCCGAAAGACGAUGCAACAAAGGCUGCAUUGGAGCAGGUCAAAUCUUUCCUUUUGGGUCCUGAGGGCGACAACCUCGACUUGGUCGUUUUUUGCUGUUUCUCAGAGCAAGAUUUGGCGGGCUAUGAACGUGCUGCACCUGAUUUUUUCGGACCGUAA